AGUUAGAAGCACAGUAGUGGUUACUUGUGUUUUUUUUUUGGUAGAACAGUAGUGGUUUGCUCGUUAGUAUAUAGCAUCACAAUUCACAGAUCGAAAGAGAAAAAAACGAACAACGGAGGAGGGAUUGGAUUAUUCAUUAUUCUGUUCGUCUUUCCUCUACUUCAUAAGAUGGCGAACACUCUGCAACGGGGCAUUGCUGCUACUCGUGUUUUCCGCCCUUCUUUUCUUUCUUCCUUGAGAUUUUACUCUGCAGACGCCUUGGUUGAGGUCAAACCGGGAGAGAUCGGAAUGGUUUCGGGGAUCCCCGAAGAACAUCUUCGGAGAAGGGUUUUAAUUUAUUCACCUGCUCGAACUGCAACACAACAAGGUUCUGGAAAAGUUGGAAAGUGGAAGAUUAAUUUCUUGUCAACCCAGAAAUGGGAAAAUCCAUUGAUGGGUUGGACAUCCACUGGGGACCCAUAUGCCAAUGUGGGUGAUGCAGGACUCAGUUUUGACAGUGAAGAAGCUGCAAAGGUUUUUGCUGAGAGACAUGGUUGGGAGUAUGUGGUUAAGAAGCGUUAUACACCACUUUUGAAGGCAAAAUCUUACGCAGAAAACUUCAAGUGGAAGGGCCCACCCAAGACUGAGGAAGAUUAAUCCCUUUUAUUUUUAUCCGAAACCUCCUUAUGUUGUGGUGCUUUUGAAGAACUUCUUGGUGGUUGCAUCCUUCCCUUUUUUAUUUUAUAAUUUGCAGCAAUGGAUGUAUUCCAGACCUAUGAGCUUUCAGUUGCUGAAUUCAAUAAAAGAUAAACUGUUUUACUGUUUUA